GUGCACCAUCACUCACACACACACACACUGAUCAGGCGAAGUGUCUCUGAAAACAGGAAGGAUGUGAGUUGAAAAUGUGAGAAUGUGAGUUAUGAAAAAACCAAAAAACGACCAAGUUACAGCUCUUACUUGGCCACUUGAGUCUUCUCUCCGACGCCAUGUGUAGUGGAAAGUGUUCCCGCAUUAUUGCUGGUGUCCUGUACCCGCUGGUGAUCCUCUCCAUCAUCUGUAACACUGUGUUGUUCUUUCCCGGCUGGGAUGUCAAGUACGCCAAAGGAGGACACCUCACCGACGAGGUGAAAUACAUGGGGGGAAUCGUUGGAGGAGGUUUACUGGUGUUGAUUUCAGCACUGUUCAUCCACUUGACUGGAAAACAAGGGUGCUGUGGGAAUCGUUUCGGGAUGUUGUUCUCGGUCGUGUUCGCUGCAGUGGGCGCGGCCGGAGCCGUAUACUGUUUCAUUGUGGCUUUGCUCGGUCUGGGAAAUGGACCUCUCUGCAAAGUCCAUGGGUCGUGGACGACACCGUUCAAAAACAGGUGACAACAACACAUCAUUUUCACACUACUAAGCUCUGACGACG